UUAUGUUCAACGACUUCUGUUGCUGACUGUACCACAACUGUAACUCAGCAUACAAAAUUUCGCAAAAAUAUUAGAGCAGGAACCUGAAAUGUACGGGGAAUGCUUAAUCCUGGGAAAAUGGAGUUUAUAGACAGAUAAUAAAUACACUAUGACCUGAAGAUAUUAUUACCGAGACUCACAUGAGAUGAUCAGGUUAUUAUAUUACCUCGAACGGCCAUACUGUAUAAUUUUCGAGCCCAGAAAAUCAAAGUAAGAAUGGUGUAGCUUUGUCUGUGUCCUCCCAAAUAAACAUAUUAGUCUUCACAUAGUAGUCAUAACCCAGUGAGUGAUCGGAUUUUAAUACUGAUAAUCAACACAAAACCAUGUGUAUUAAUGUGGCAAUGGUAUAUGCACCUGAGUCUAACUCGACAGAAUCUGAUAUUGAUACAUUUUACCACCAAAUAGAUGAUAUUCUCAAAAGUCUACCAAAGAGAGAUAUAACAGUUCUGCUGGGAGACCUUAACUCCACAGUAGGUACCACGACAAUUGAUAAUUACCUGAGGGACGUGGUUGGUAAAUAUGGACUUGGUAGUAGGAAUGAAAUAUAUGUAUAUGUAUGUAAUGAUAUAAUGUAAAAAUAAAGCUUACUCUAUGCAAUAAAGUCUGGAAAACAGAAAAAUGGGUUAGUGACUGGAAGCAGUCCGUUCUAGUUCCACUGCAUAAAAAAGGCUCAACAACGAAUUGCGAGAACUACUGAACAGGUGCACUGAUAUCUCAUGCGAGUAAAAUAUUGGUUUACAUAAUCAAUGGCCGACUACAAUCAUAUUUACAAUGGCAAAUAAACAGUGAACAGGCGAGCUUCGUUUUAAACGUCGAGGCACAAUAUAUCAGAUGAAAAAGGCAAGUCAUUGAGAAAAGCCGAGAAUUUAAUACCCCCUAUUAAUGUGCUUCAUUGCUUACUCAAAGGCAUUUGAGAUUGGACUAUCUAUGAACCAUACUGUUGGAAAUGGAUGUACCUCAACAGCUCAUUUUGUUAAUUGCCAAUCUAUAUCAAGACGAAGAGUCCAUGGUUAAAGUCAAUGAUGUCAUAUCAACUCCCUUCAAGCCAAAAAAUAGGAUCAGACAGGGGUGUAUCGUCUCUCCCAUUCUCUUUAAUAUAUAUCGCGAAUACAUGAUGAGAAAAGCCUUAGAAGUCUGGAAAGGAGGUGUCUCAAUCGGUGGAGUAAAGACUAGCAAGUUGAAAUAUGGGGAUGACACUACACUCUUCGCAACUUCAGAAAAGGAACUAGCCGAUCUUUUUUACAAAGUGGAACGAGAGUGUAAACUAGUUGGGAUCACUAUAAAAAAAUCGAAGGGCAAAGUCAUGAUCAUCGACAGAACUGAUCAGUUCUCUAGGACACCAGUUCUAGGACUUUCCAAUCUAGAGUUUAUCAGCAAGUUUGUUUACCUCGAAUCGCUACUUAUUGACAAGAGAGGCUGCGAACGUGAAAUUAGGAGAAGGACUCGAAUGGCCAAAGCUGCAGUGAGCAAGCUAGCACAUAUUUGGCAGGACACAAGGGUCUUUAAUACCCAACAAGACGAGACUAGUCGAAAACCUGGUCUUACCGAUAUUCAUUUAUGGCGCAGAGUCGCGGAGGACUCGGUCUACAGAACGAAAGAAAACAGAGGCUGUCGAAAUGUGGUGCUGGCGAAGAAUGCUCCGUAUACCAUGGACCGCCAUGAGAACGAAAAAAUCCAUACUUGAGCAACUGCGCGUAAAGGCUAGAGUAUCAAUGAUCCGUUGCCAAAGGAUUCUUAGUUAUUUUGGACAUAUUGUCCGCUGUCAGAAAUAUAACCUUGAUAAUCUAUUUGUGUUGGGCAAAGUAGAAGGGAAAAGAUCUCGCGGCCGCACACCUAUCCGUUGGGGAGAUCAAGUGAUUGCCCACACUAGAUUGUCUAUUGCGACUGCUUUAAAAGAUGCCAAAAAUUGAUCAAAAUGGAAAGACUUAUACGUACAACCACGAAGUCAUUUCAGGGACACGACCUUUAAUAUUGAAGAACACAACCAAGAAGACGUAUCUACCUAAGUAGUAUAUAAGUAAAAUUUCAUACUGUUUAUAUAAACAUAAACACUUUUUAACAAAAAAUUAAACCGCCUUCAAACGUAACGCGCCUGCAACGUGCCGUAACGUUUUCCAGUAUGCCCCCGUCCCCCUCUCCUAAAGUUACCUAACUCUAAAUUUACAUUUUUUUUUAAAUACUCACAAAUAUUUUACGCAAAAUA